AUGGCGGCAUAUAUGCGCUCCCAGCUGGUGCUACUCAGGUCGCCAGGGCAGCGACAUCUGUUGAGCUAUCGCUCAUCGUCAUCCUCCUCUGAGCCAAGAACUGCUACGCCUCCACACGCUCCUGCAGUUUCAGAUGCUGCUGGAGGACGUACCAGUACCAAAAGCUCGAUUAAGCACUGGAUUUAUGGACGUCCCGGCUUAGCAUCUAUGCUCUCCUUGCUGGGGCUAUUCACCACCUCAUCCCCCGAUGCGCCAACAUCAACUGGCGGUGCUGUUAGCAUCACCGAUACUGCCGGUAACCAGGGGACUUAUGAACCCCCUCAGAAAAAACGCACAACUUAG